UAGAAGUCUAUAUUGGCAGAUAAAAGGGGCAGUUUAAUUCAUGUUGAGUAAGCCAACAUGAUGGAGGUUCGGCUUCUCCUUGCUCUGUUCCUGUUUUUCUUAUCGUUGUCAUCGGCACAACGUCCUAAUAUCGUAUUUAUUGUGGCAGAUGAUUUAGGAUGGAAUGACCUUGGUUUCCGGAAUCCUGACAUGAUAACCCCAAACAUCGACAAACUGGCCACAGAGGGAAUCAUCUUCGAUAAUGCAUACGUCCAGCCUCUUUGCAGCCCAUCCCGGACCGCCUUUAUGAGUGGAAUGUAUCCUUUCCAUGCAGGCAUGCAGCAUAUGGCACUGAAACUUGACCAAAAAGUGUGUGUGCCCCUCAACUUCACAUUCCUCCCCCAGGAACUAAAGAAACUCGGCUAUGCUACGCACAUAAUUGGAAAAUGGCAUCUUGGUUAUUGUAAGUGGGAGUGCACUCCAACGUACCGAGGCUUCGACACCUUCUUUGGUUAUUAUAAUGCCGGUGAAGACUACUUCAGCCACAGCAUCAGGGAUUACUUGGACUUCAGGGAUAAUAAAACCCCUGCAAGAAAUUAUUCUGGAGAAUAUUCUGCUAACACAUUCGGCCUGAGAGCCGUUGACAUCAUCCAUCGUCACAAUGUAUCACAGCCGUUGUUUAUGUACCUCCCGUAUCAAAGCGUGCAUGGUCCAAUUGAGGUGCCAAAAAAGUACGAGGACAUGUAUCCGAACGUGAUCAAUGAAGGGCGAAGAAAGUACAGCGGAAUGGUGUCUGCACUCGAUGAGGCAGUAGGGAAUGUUACCAAAGCAUUGAAGGAUCGGGGCUUGUUUGAAAAUACUCUGAUUCUAUUCACCGCAGAUAAUGGAGGCCCCAUCGAAGCGUACGCUAACAACUGGCCUCUGAGAGGAGGGAAGUACACGAUCUGGGAGGGGGGCACGAAGGGGGCAUCCUUCAUGUAUGGUGCAGGGCUACAGAAAACUGGGACGACAUACGAUGGAAUGAUCCACGCUGUCGACUGGAAGCCCACUUUGGUAUCUGCUGCUGGUGGAACUCCGGAAACUACCAUUGAUGGAAUCAGUCAGUGGGAGUCUAUUCGAAAUGGCCUCCCCUCUUCAAGGACAGAGUUCAUCUACAACAUUGAUUACUUUGAAGCUGCAUUCGAAGGGCAUGCUGGAAUAAGAGUAGGAGACUACAAACUAAUCCUGGGGUAUCCUGGAGCUUUUGACGGCUGGCACAAGCCAAUGAACAGCACGGAGGAUGAAAUCUUUGAGGAACCAGUACACUACACGGGAGAUGAACCUGUCCAGCUGUUUAACGUUCGAGAGGAUCCUACUGAGCACAACAACCUUGCAGACAAAACGCCGGACAUAGUGGCAAAGUUGCGAGCCAGGUUUGAGGAGUACAAGAAAACGAUGGUGCCAGCCAAUUAUCCCGAAGGAGAUCCUGCAUCUGACCCAAGCAAUUUUGGAGGUGUUUGGAGCCCAGGAUGGUGCUAGAUAGACAGAUUUAUGUCAAGAUAGAGACCAUACCGUACUGCUUAAACUGUACUUUGUUUGCACAUAAUAAACAAUAUUUUGUCACAAAUCCACAUUAAUCAUACUUCA